AUGGGGUUCUGGUUCACCACGCUCGCGUUCGCCGCGCUCGAGGGGGUGUUCUACGCCUACGUCCAGGGCUCGGCGCCCGCGGCGCGACGAUCUUUCCUGCACGUGAUGUACGGCACGAGCGUGUUCUGCUGUUGGUUCAUGUGGGCGGUGAUUUACAUGGCGCAGAUGACGCCGCUGGUGCGGCCGGUGUUGCAGGCGAAGGAGUCGUAG